AUGGCGUGCACUGGUGUGUGGAUCGUGUGGCUUGCUCUCGUAGUUGUUCAGCUUGGUUUUGGAGCGUAUGGAGUGAUUGUUUCGCAGUUUGCUAAAGAGAACCAGGCUGAUCCUUUGGUUUUUAUCCUGAUUCGAGAUGCAGGAUGUUGCCCGGUGCUUCUGUUGGCUGCUUUUGUCUCUGAAAAGUCAGUUCAAAUUCUAUCAUUAAGGUGAGAGUUAAAUAACCUUCCAAUGUUUUCUGAAAAGCGAGCUAAAUUUAAAAGCUGAAAUUAAAUUGAAUUUCAAGUACAGGAAUAUUUCUCUUUUCUUAACUUACUAGCUGACUUGUCUUGUGAUCUCUCGAUCGAUCUCACGAUCGAGUUUCUAGUUUGCCUCACUGAAUUUGAACUUCUUGGAGAUUCAGUGCAUAUGCUCAGUUUUGACGAUCUGUCUAAGUUAAAUGUUAUAUUUGUUUAUAAUAUGAAACAAUUUGGCAGUCACUGAAGCUGCCAGGGUCUUGUGUCAUUAAUACCUGGUACCGCCAGACCAAAUACAUUUAAUUUAUACCUUCGAAUCCCUGAUUUACUAAACGAUUUGAUGUGAAGAACCAAAUACAUGCUUGUGGCUACAUGGGUCUUCCAGUAAAUUUUUUCAGGACACCAGUACUUUGUUAUUCUAGGUCUGUCAUUAUAGCGGUGAAGAAGCUCUUUAAUAACGUCAGAAUACAAUUCACUCUGUUAAUAUUACGGUGGGCUAGGUCUCUUCACUGUGGGGUGUAAUUAUUGUAUUUAAUAUGGCCUUAUUUGAUUUACAACUUGCUAGUUUGAUUUUGAAAGGUGUUGGUACUUUUUUUCAAGGCAUUAAGCUAUUAUCUGCGUUAUAUUUUGUCCUUUUAUCACUGCAUUAUUGUAUUCUUCAAUUUCAACUUUGGAACUUACAGUUUUUGCCGUUGUAAUGUCAUUUCGAUGGCGUGCAUUUUAUUCUGGUGAUUACUAAAUCAUGUUUUACAAGGUAACAUGCAAUUCGGCAUGACACACAGAAAUGCUCUGAAUAUAUCAAUGUCAUAACAGGAAUGUUAAUGCGUCACAAUAGCUCAUCUUAGUACCAUGACUUCCUUUGAAUACCACAAUUGUGUAUCUUAACGUCAUAACUGAAUUAGUUAACACGACAGACCUCUUUAGCUUGUAAGUUUUGUUUUUCCAGUACACUGGGUCAUGUAAUCUAUAGAACAGUUUCUUUCAAAUUUCGUAUUAUUUACGUGCACAUCUACGCAUGCGCAUAAUUUAUGAAAAGACAAAGGGCCAAGUUCCCAUGGGACCUCUACUGGGAAAACAAAAAGCUGCAAAACAUACGAGCAAAGAGGUCUAUUUAAAACAUUUAUUUUUGGCAAACUCCCGUGAUCCCCGCCACGUUUUUAGAGUUCCCCACGUGACUGAAUAUAUUGCCAGUCGGUCUCCAAAUCAACUGCUGUUGUGUGAACGUUAUGGACGAUAGCUGGAGGAGAGGGGAAAAUGAUUAUGAUUAAAAACAUGAUAAGCGCGUGUGAGAAAGUGGGGGGAGGGGGGGGAGGGGGGCAGCGGAUUUUUGCCAUUGAAGUCCUAACGGCGCUCUUUGUAAUUCCACAGGGAAAUUCCUCUGUUUGCUGUUCUCGGGCUAACAGGGUUGCUUGGAGAUCACUUGCUGUUUCUUCUUGGUGUUUACUACACAAACGCCAAUAUUACGGCAAUAUUUCAACCCAUCAUUCCUGUAUGGACAGCAUUGCUCGCUAUUAUUGUGCGAAUAGAACCGUUCCCAAACCUCCGCACUUUGCGCGGCUGGGCUAAGUGUCUGGGAAUUGUUCUGGCUGCAGUGGGUGCCAUAGUGAUGACUCUAAAAAAGUCCGCUUCAGGCAAAGCAGCAGAUCACGGAACUUCUACAAGUGAUGAUAUCCACUUUAUAGGGUACAUUUUUCUAUUAGGGAACACCCUUUCCAUGGCCGGGUACGUUCUUCUUCAGAAAAAGUUUAUCUUUGAUAAAGAAGAGUCUGCUUGGAAAACUAAACCUGUCACUGUUACAGCAUGGCCUUUCAUGUUUGGCACAAUCUUCUUGGCUUUGGCAUCGCUUUACUACGUCAAUAAGCCCGAAAAGUUCACCUAUUUCCCCGAGGAAGAAAUCUACCCGAUUCUCUACGCCAUUUUCGUAAACUCUGGCCUCUGUUAUCUUUUAAUUUCCUGGUGCAACAUGCAGAUUUCUGCGUCACUUGUCACAGCAACCUGGCCUCUUCAGACUUUGUUCUGCGCCAUCUUGUCAUAUUUCGUUUUAGGGGAGGUCCUGAAUACGUUGGAGUAUCUUGGGGGCGUGGUUAUUGUUUUUGGUCUCAUGGCGGUCGCUUGGUCGAAUUUCGCAGAAGAAAGAAAAAGAAGAGAGGAAGAGGAAUUGUUAAACGACUCAUACGGCUUUGUUAAAGUAUCGCAGUAUGAUACCUUUGCACCCGAAACAUUCCAAACCGAGGAAAAAGGCAACAACGUAACCCUUGUUACACACUAA